AUGCUCCGCGUGUGGAGACCUUCUGGGGAAGAGCUGGUCAUCAUGAGCGAAAAGAAGUUGAAGGAUGUAGCGGCGUUGAAGCGAAAUCUCUGUGAGUUCUACGGCUUUCCGGUGUACCUACAGCAACUCGUACAUGACAACGGUGUUUUGGCUGAUGAAAUCAAGCUUGAUGCCUGUGUGGACCUGCAAUUGCUCUUGCUGCGAGUUUCCGAUCAAACUCGAGACUGUGCUGCGCUGGAUUUGAUGUCUGCUGCCAGAAAGAAUCACAUUAAGAUGGCUCGCUGCUUGCUGGAAUGCGGCGCUGUCAAAGACAGUCAGGCCUUCCUGCAAAAGUACCUCACGACACCCCUUCUUAUCGCAGCAGAAACUGGACACCUGGAGAUGGCCCGCUUACUUGUGGAAGCUGGCAUGGGUAAAGAUGCAAAAGGGCGCAGGGGCUUGACAGCCCUAAU